CUUACUUCUUACUCCUUAGGCUACUUGAAGCAUUGCAGUACAAUGUAGAUCUAGGCUUGUUGUAGGCUACCUGCUUACCUGCUUUUGGCUGUGACUUCGUUUUCCUGCGCCCGACGAACAUGUCGUGACGUUUGUUGGUGGUAUUUUGAAUGGAAUGGAAGUUUUUCUUCUCAUAAAUUUAUCAUGCUGGUAAGGAAUCUUUCAAACGACAACUUCAAGGUGGAUGUUCAUGAUGACGGGCUCAGGCGAUAAGGACAGCAUCAGUUCAUUUUCAUCUGACGAUUCAUCAUACAGAGAAAAAUUUGAGAAAGAAAAAGAAAAGAAUUUGAAGCUGACAGAAAAGCUACGUGGUUACGAAUCUGUUGUUGGUCAAUACACAAGAUAUUUCAGUGACCAUCAAGCUGUGAUUCACGAAUUGGAGAAACGGAAGAAUAAAGACCUAGCAGAAGCAAAUAGGAAUACCCCUGCUUUGUGCACGUUUGAACAAGGAGCCAGCUCUCAGGUUUUGACAGACCCGCUAGACUCAAACAGUUACAGUAUUUCAAACAAGCUUGGAGAGAACUCAUCCUCGUUGGUAGUGACUGAGGGGGAUCGGCUUAAAAUCUUUUCUGGACUAUUUAACAAAAAUCCAUGUACUGUUUUGCACCAAGGCCAAGGAGAAUGCUCUCCACAUAAAGAUAAUAUGCUCCAUUGUCAGCUGGGAAGCAAGUGUCAAGACAGCCUUUCUGUUAUUUCUUCACCUGCCUCAGCACCCUCAAUGACACUUGUAGGACAGGGAAAUCAUUCUGUGGGCUGCCAGUUUCCCAGUGGUACCUCUGGGCUGGCACCAAACACAUCCAAAGAAUUGCUUCACCAGAACCAAGCCAAUAUCUUGAACAGCAAGUCUAAUCUCAGUGGAGCAUCAGUUUUGGCACUCCUAGCUGAGCCUGCAAGAAGUGACAUUUCCAAUACACCUGGAAGAAGUGACAUUUCCAAUUCAUCUGUGAGUUCUCUGUCACAGACUCACAAUGGCCAAUCGCAAGUAAGGCAUACUGGUGCUUCACCUAGUAGCAUCACUGCUGUAGCUGCUCCCAAUGCUUCUACAAUGUCUUUGACAGAGCAAAAUCCACAUACAAAUGCCUUGCCUAAUGGAGAAAUAGUUUCUGCUGAACAAACAACACCCCAGCAGCAAGUUGUAGUUGAAAAACCAGAGCAUUCUGGAACAUCUGUGUUGCCCCCACCUGUAUGGGGCAUAGGUGCCAGACCAAAAGAUACUAAUCCCCUUGAUUGGCUGCCGUUAAACAUGGCAGGAGGGCAGGAAUUGGGGACAAAGUUUGAUAGCCCAAAGACUCUAGCAGAGAACAAUGAAACGACAGAAACUGGAGUACCUCCUCUUAUCCCUGAGGUUCCGACAUCUUUAAACAACUUCAUCACUAAUGCAGGAGACCACAGUGCACUGUUGAAUGCUCUGACGGCUGGUGGUGAUUCUUUGGCUCUGAACAUUCCAGGUUCGCUGGCCGUUCAGAACACCUUUAAUGGAGAAAACGAUUUGAUGACAUUCCAAAGUUUGAAGUUGACUCCGUCUCCAGAGAAGUCUUUUCCAGGAUCCAAGGAUGAUUCUCACAGUCUGUUUGUCAAACAGCCAAACCAAGUUGUUGCCGUACCUAGUGAUGACCAGGAGCCACAGUUGGCCUCCCAGGCACACAGCAUGAUGGCCAAGCUCAGGAACAGCGUUACCCCUCCUGCUGGGCUAAGCGACAUGCUGUACAAGUUUGCUGAGGAGGCCGGUCAGAUGGAGAAAAGGUUUACAGAAUAUCAGGCUUUGAUACAGAGGCAACAAGUCCAGAUUCAGAGUUACGCCCAACAGAACAGCAAAGAAGAGCUACAGCGGCUAAGGCGGGAGAAUGAGAGCUUGGCGGCUUUGGCUCAAACGAAACUUGAGGCAACGAGCUCCGGAGGUCCCACUGAGAGUGUCAAGGUCACACGUGAAAAGCAACAAGCUGCCCAGAGCUCAUAUGGAUUUACCACUGAAAUGACAAAGAAAGUUGAAACCCUCACGCGAACCAAUGAACAGUUGUACAAGGCCAAUAAAGACUGGCACAACAAGUGGGAGAGUUUGCUGCAGAAGACUCGGGAAGAGAAGCAGACGCUAGAGUCUCAGAUUUCCUCGCUCUCCACCACGGUGGAGAAAUACAGACAAGACCUGGCUGCUCUGGAACAACAUUUAGAAGAGACAAAUGCUGCCAAACGGAGAGCAAUACAGAAGAGCUUUGACUUGGAUCAAGAGAAACUGAACCAAAGCAGAGAGCUGGAGAUGGUGAGGGGUCAAUUGGAUGAUUUGACGAGACUGAAACGGAAAAAUGAAACAGAACUUAGCUCUCUUAAGUCACAAGGCAACAGGGAAGCCAAAGCAGGAACCAGUGGCUCAGCUGACAAAGCUGCAGAUGUAGAACUGCUGAAGCAGCAGCUUGCUGUUUUUCAUGAAGACUUUCAAAAGGAACGGGAAGAUCGCUCUAAGGCUGAAAGCAAAGUGGAAAAAAUGAGGAAAGAGAGAGAUUCAGCAAGGAUGGAACAGGCAGCGAAAAUGAAGAAAAUGCAGGUCAUGCUGAAUGCAAAGGAUGCUGAACUGAAAAACAAAAGUAAACAAGUGGCUGAUAUGCAGCAUCAAAUCAAUGCCUUGAAGAAAGAGCUCCACAAGGAGCGUCAGAAGAAUGACCACAGGAUGACCAAACAGCCGGCCUCAGUUCGGCGACCUCAACAUAUGCUCUACCCUAGUGGAGGACCCAGGACAGCAGGCAUGCAGUCGAGUUCAAAAGAUGAAAGUAUUCGACAAUACCCAUACCUUGCGGUGGCGAAUCAGCAGCCACUGAUGCCGGUCUCGCCCGAACACUUGCCGAACGCCUGGCAGUGCCGAGAGUGCACGUUUAUCAAUUUUCCGGAAAGGACUAUCUGUGAUAUUUGUGGGUGGCAGAAUGAUAUGGGUGAACUAAUGAAUGGUGGUUUGGACAGUGUGACAGGAACUCCUGAGCUGAAAUCUCGUGGAGAGUUUGCGUUUGAGCCACUCACAGAUGAACCGGACGUGGUGACAGAUACAGAGAGCACUGACUAGCCAGAAACGUGUUGGACAGCAGCAAGCUCCCAGUGACUUGCUCAGGACUAAUCAGACCAUUACUGCGAGUAGUGGAUAUCGCACAUGAUGUGACACCAAACAGAAGUUCCAUACCAGAAAUGACUAACCAAAUGACUAACUUGUUCAUUAUGACCAAUGAAUAAAGAGUGUAUGACAAAUCAUGAUGAAACACUGGCAUUUCAUGAGAUGGUGGCUGAAGAAACAUAAGGAGGUGAAAAGCGUCUAGUGCUUUGCAAGAACUUCUCAACUCACAAGCCACAAAUAAGUUUGAGAGGAUGUGCCAAUGACCUCUUACUACAACAUGCAAAAUGAAUGCCAGUUUGAGAUGAAGACAGUUCAAUAAUAAGAUACUCAUGUCUUGAUGAAGAGUAAUGUGACUUUACAAUCACUGAAGACCUUCUGAUGGUGUGUGGAGAAUAUAUUGUCGCUGUCACAGGGACAAUGAGCAACCUCCGUCAUCUGGUAAACUAAGUGGAACUGGAGUCCCUUCAAGUACGCCUACUUGUUUUUCAUCCGGCAGUGACAUGUCACAGUACCUUGCUGAACAGUGGCAAGACAGCACAAGUUGCCUAUCAUGUGUUGAGGGAAUCGAACAUAAGAGUAUUGAAGACUUCAAAGACCAUUACGCUCACAGAUCGCAAAUUACUGAGAACAAGGCAGUUGUACGUCUCUGAUGAUUGACUGAGGAUUCAGUUUCUCACUUGGUGAUUGCAAGUUGGUGAAGACUUAAUGAAAACUAAAGAUACAAUUUUCAACCAGGGAUGACUUUCAGAAGAGCAGGGAUGGACCUGAUGAAAUAUAGACCAGCUGUUAUGGUUAAAGCAGAUCCUGCCUCAUACUGUUGUUUUUGUAGUAGUAGUAAUAGUAUUGUUUUUGUAGUAGUAGUAAUAGUAUUUGUUGUUGUUGUUGCUGUUGUUUUCGUAGUUGUUGUUGGUGAUGGUGGUGGUGGUGGUGAUGGUGAACCGUAGUAAGUGGAGAACAAAAUGAAUACUGUAUUGCUUCAGGGACAAAGACCCUUCCCCACAUAUAUAUAUUAACAUGUGGAAGACUGCCAUUGGAAAUGCCAUAAAUGAAAAGUACAAGUGGAAAAUGGCUUUAGUCACAAUUUCCGUUUUUUAAAAUUUGCCUGUUUCGAUUUUCUCCAUUUAUACCAUUUUUAUUAAAAAAAACCCUGCUGUUGUCACAUGCUAAUGACUUAUAUCUAAAACUGUUGCACAUGGAGGGUGCAGCAGUAGUCCAAAUAAGCAUGUGAAAGAAAGACAGUAGCUUUCAACAUUUUUCCUGUAACUAAUGCUGUUUUUUUUCCCUUGAGAUCUUCAAAUGUAUGUGAAUAUUAAAAUUGAAUUCUUGUGGGGUUUGUUCGCUUUCACUGCAUGAUGGGAGCAUAUAAAAAAUGGCAUAUUUCCUUAUUUUUGAGUCUACUGUCUUAUGCAACAGUAGUGCCUCUUUUUCAAUGCUUCCUACCAAUCUGAAAGUUAGCUAGGCUCCCUUUGGAUUAUGAUGUAGUCACUGCUUGUCCCAGCAUUGUGACAGUGGAAGACACACCGAGUCUGUGUCUUAUAAAUGAAGACGAACUUUUAGACCCAUAAAUGCUUCAAUAAUUUUUGUAUUUCUUUCUGAUUUGACCAAAACUGGCAUUCCAGGAUGCUGGAAUUCCUAUUUGUUUCAUGGCAACUGCAUUUUUAAGAAUAUGAGUUGCUAGUCAGAAAUGUUUCGUAUUUUUGUUGAGCUUGACAGGGGUGACUCUUAAAAGAAAUAGUUUUUGCCUUCAGUGAGCUCUAAAUUCUAUUCUUUGAAAC